GGCGUGGCUUCCGGAACUUCCGGGCGGUCGCUGUUUGGGCCGGUGACGGCUUAGCGCUUUAGCUCGCGAUGGCCGCGGCCGUCGCUAUGGAGACGGACGAUGCCGGGAACCGACUUCGCUUUCAGCUGGAGCUGGAAUUCGUGCAGUGCUUAGCCAACCCCAACUACCUGAACUUUCUGGCCCAAAGAGGUUACUUCAAAGACAAAGCUUUUGUUAACUAUCUUAAGUACUUACUUUACUGGAAAGAACCAGAAUAUGCCAAGUAUCUAAAGUACCCUCAGUGUCUGCACAUGUUGGAGCUGCUGCAGUACGAGCACUUCCGCAAGGAGCUGGUGAAUGCGCAGUGCGCCAAGUUCAUCGACGAGCAGCAGAUCCUGCACUGGCAGCACUACUCCCGGAAGCGCAUGCGCCUGCAGCAGGCGCUGGCCGAGCAGCAGCAGCAGAACAGUGCCGCGGGGAAGUGAGGCGCCGCAGCGGACUUUCCAGCUCCCUUUGUGUGGGGGGGGCACCCGAACCUGCGGAGGGCCCUUGCCUCCGGCUACCUCCCUCCAGCUCCCUUUGUAUUGUUUGUGGGCUGCUGCUGUCACACAGUUGUACUUUGGUUUCCUGUGGGUUUGUAAGUUAUUAUUAGCUCAACCAACUGAAUAAAGACACACGUCAGGUGCUUUAAA